AUGGAUAACACUGGCCAUGGCCCUCUGAGGGUUCCCGGAUUUGGGGAUAUGCCCCUUGAAGAGAAGCUCAGAUGUGAGCAACGAUUCGCUCAUGGCUUUGAGGAAUGGCAGCAAAUGCCUGCGGUAACCGUGCGCGAGCUUGCCAUGGUGGCUGUCAUGAAUACUUUGACGGAUAAGCCGGGUUGGCAUAUCGACAUCUUCAACGAAGACAUCGCCACUGAGUGGCGUAAAGAGGCUUUCGCUGCAACACCAUUGAUGAGUGAAAAAGCCUGGGCUUGGUGUAUAGCUGAGCUGCGCGAUAAAGCAAAUGAGUAUACCCAAAAACAAUAUAUCCGCGUCUUGGAUACCGGAUCAUGCGUUUGCAAAUCCGACAUACUAGUUCCGACGGCGCUCAGCGUCGAGUUCAAGUCUGAAAUUGAACCGUUACUCCCAACGCAAAUCGCCCGCGACCAGAUCUCCAGUAUAGUUGAUCCGUCUCUAUACCCGUUAGUCUACGGAAGAAGCCUGGUGCUACUAGAUGGGGGAGAGGUUGUGUUGGAAGAUGUUUUUGGUUCGUACGACAAGGCAAAAACGGCACCUAAGCAUUUUGAGAGACGAUUCAAUUCUCCAGCUCUCCAGGCCCACAUAGAACGAUGCCGAACUGAUCCCUGGAAGGGUGCUUUCCAUCAAGAAAAACACCUUCGCGACAUCCUGACCUAUUUUUGGUCUUGUAAUUUCCAAUGGCUUCCAUGCGAAGUUGAGUUCAUUGGCAACACUGGAGCUGAUGUGCAGAUCACAUCUUACAUCAACAAUCUGCAUCCUGCUCAAAAGUCCCUAUAUCGCAACUUGGAGAAGCUGAUCUCACUCGCGAUCAGGCCUUGGAAUGAUUGCCUUAUCAAAGGUCAGCGAGGUUGGAGAAAGGCUUAUGAUAACAACAGAAGCCAGCGUGGACCAGUACCACUGCGGAUUGUUACCUACGGUGUCGAGUGGGAAGACGAACUCCCAGAGUGGAGUAAAGCUUUCGACAGAGUACGAAGACAUCGGCUAGACAAUUAUCUUGCUUCAGUCGAGCUACUGCGUAGUCAUCAAGAAAGUACGGACGAUCCAGAUAUGCAAAAGCGCCUUCAGACAGCUAAACGGAAAGUCGAGAUGUAUCGGAAUAUGGAGGGUGCGCACCCAAUACCAGAACCAACUCCCGAAUUGUGGGAAAUGGCUCAAGUGUAUCUCCAACGUCCGAAUAUUGGAUCUAGCGUACCUGCCAUUCUUCCUGAAAAUUGGAAAGAAAACACAUGGAGGCUAUUACUGGAUAAAAACAAAAAACUUUUGCGAUUCAGGCAUCCUGAGCCAGGGACAGCUUUCUCUUAUGACGAAUGGAAGUCUGGUACGAACAAUGAUAGAGCGGUUGUAGAUAUGGUUACGGAGAGAUUUGGCAACCCUCACCAUUCACCUACAAGCUCCUAUCACAACCCAUAUGUUAUUCGACUGGAGGAAACUUUUCGCAACCAAGGCCUCCAGGUUGUCAUUAAGAUCAGUGGUAUCGAGCUUACACCUGAGAACCCAAAAUAUCACGGUAGUACUUGGGACAUUGAAGGGCAAAUGAACGAGCAUAUUGUAGCUGCGGCUGUGUAUGCUUACGAUGUUCAUAAUGUAACUGAAAGUCGGAUUGCAUUCCGCCAGGAAACGUCUUUAAAUUCAAACUUCUAUCAAUAUGGGCCGGACUUACAGGAACAAAAAGACAACAAUAUGUGGAAUCGGCCAGCAAAACGGUGGAGCACGUCAUCAGUGGAAGUUGGCGCCAUUGGGGAGAUUUUUGGAUUCACAUGGGAGGAGCUAUCAAGAGAUAUCCCUGAUUAUAUCCUACCUUUCCAGGAGAUUGGCCGCGUAACAAUGCCACAAGGUCGGUUGAUCGCUUUUCCUAACACGAUGGAAUAUCGAAGAGAGCCAUUCGAGCUAUUGGAUCCUGCUGUCCCUGGGCAUCAUCGAUGGGUGACUCUUUUGCUAGUCGACCCUAAUUACCGGAUAUGCUCAACUCGUAAUGUUCCUCCGCAACAACAGGACUGGUGGAAGAACCGUACAAGCGACACAUUGGUAGGCCAAGGAUCGUUAGGAGAAACAAGGGGCCAUCAUGGGCCAAUGAGCCCUUCGGAGGCAGAAGCCAUUCAACGGGAUAUGAUGAAAGAGCACAAAUGGAUGCAAGUAGCCAGGUAUCAUCUAAUGACUCCUUAUACCUUUUGCUAA